UGUGAACCUGUGUGGGCUUCUCAAAUUUGUUCGGAUAUUUUGUCCGUAGCAAGUCGUUUUCACUUUUCGUUAGGAGAGGUGCUAAUCAUCUGGCUCAUUUCUUAGCCACUAGCGCCCUCAGGAUUCCUUCAUUUUUAUGUAAUUCAAGGGAGCAAGUUCUCUUUGGAUCUUCACUGCUUUCUGCAAUGGUAGAUCGAUAUUGGAUUGGUUUCUUUCUGGUGCUUUCAUGUCUCACUCAAGUUUUAGAUGCCAGCGCUGGUGAUGCUGAUCCAGCCUACAGGGCUUGUGUUGCACAAUGUGAACAAACAGGAUGUGUGGGGCAAAGAUGUUUUCCACACUGCAAAUUUUCAUCCGAUGGUUUCCCAAUUGAUGGUCCAUGGUACAUGCAAGAACCACUUUACUUGCGGUGGAAACAAUGGGAUUGCCAAAGUGAUUGUCGUUACCAUUGCAUGCUUGAUAGAGAAAAGGAAAGAGAAGCAUUUGGCCAUGGUCCUGUCAAGUACCAUGGUAAAUGGCCCUUUAGGCGUGUAUAUGGAAUUCAGGAGCCAGCUUCUGUAGCUUUCUCUGCACUCAACCUUGCAGUGCAUUUCCAUGGUUGGCUAUCCUUUUUUGUGCUUCUGUACUAUAAAUUACCUUUAAAACAAGAUAAGAAGGCAUACUAUGAAUAUGGCACUCUGUGGCAUAUCUAUGGAUGCAUAUCAAUGAACUCCUGGUUCUGGAGUGCUGUUUUCCAUAGCCGAGAUGUGGACUUGACAGAGAAGUUGGACUACUCUUCUGCAGUGGCAUUAGUGGGUUACUCACUUAUUCUGGCUAUACUAAGAAGUUUCAGUGUGAAGGAUGAAGCAGCAAGGGUCAUGGUUGCUGCUCCACUGCUUGCAUUUGUGACAACUCAUAUAUUGUUUAUCAACUUUUAUAAGCUAGACUACGGUUGGAACAUGAAAGUUUGUGUCAUAAUGGCAGUGGCUCAGCUUCUCAUUUGGGCAAGUUGGGCUGGUAUCAGCAGCCAUCCUUCUCGCUGGAAGUUGUGGGUUGUGGUCGUGGGAGGUGGCCUUGCAAUGCUCCUAGAAAUCUACGAUUUCCCUCCAUACAAGGGAUUUGUGGAUGCCCAUGCUCUUUGGCAUGCCACCACUAUCCCUCUUACCUACAUUUGGUGGAGUUUCAUCAGGGAUGAUGCCGAGUUCUGCACCUCUAAUCUCCUUAAAAAGGCCAAGUAGCUACUGAAAAAAAAAUUCAUGCAAAACAUACGAUCUGUUCUUGAACCUGAGAGGAAAGUUUGAUAGUUUAUAGGAUUUGCGUAUCUUGCUUUCUUGUAAUAAUUUUCUUUUUCAAAAUUUCAAGGGGAUACAAGCUGCUUAGUCAAUUAUUCCAUUUGUUGGAAAGAUUAUUGUGACGGAUGAGAUUGUGUUGUGGAACAGCUUAUGGUUAGAUUUUUUCCCCUUCUCUCUCUGUUAACCUACCAUUCUUCUGCUUAUAUCCUUGUUUGAGUUGUAUGGAAAUUUUGCUGAUCA